AUGUGGAUGUUAGAAAUUUUGCAAAACAGAAACCUAGCAAAGCAAAUGCCACUACAUCACACCCAAGCAGAGUGCAAUGCAAGAAAACACUCGUGUUUCAAAUGUUCGUGGAUUUUCAAUCGCAAGUUUCUUUCACGUCACGUGCCACUCAAGUGUGGCGUGGCUACCAUCUGGUCGGCGUAUCAGUUACAAGCUCUACUAAAAAGUGACGCACACGACCAGUUCGGCAGUCAGUCAUCUCUGAGACUGUGGGACCAGAACAGAAGCAGGAUCAAGGCGAUCGACAAUAAAUAUCGAUGGAAACUCAACGAGAACAGGCUUCCGGGAAAGAUAAGAACUGAAGCGGGCAAUCCGAGCGAUAUCAUCCUACAGGUUGCCCAGGAAGAGAACGCCGGCCUCAUCGUCAUCGGAUCGCGAGGACUCAGCAAGAUCAAGACGACCUUGUUUGGCAGCGUGAGCGAUCACGUGCUGCACCACUCCAAGUGUCCUGUCCUCAUCUGCAGAGAAAACAGCAGCAGCAGCAGCAAGGAAACGAAAACCAAAAAAUGA